GCUAGUGUCUGCUGCAGCGAGGGCAACAAUCACAGCGGACGGCCAUUUUCGCAGUUCUCUUGCUUUCCUUCUCCCUCCUUUCACCAUGAUCCUACGGACGCCUCUUAGUGUCUCCUCUCUGGCUCUCCUCCUGUCGUCUGUCGUCACAUUAGUGCUGGCACAAGACAAUGAGAAGCCAUUCGACUGCUAUGUCAAUGUUGGAGAGCUCAAAUAUGACUUGCACUCAAUAGGAGGGGAACACAUCGUUUCACGGGAGAGAGAGUCUCCUCCAACGAAAUAUAAAGAUGCAGUGCGGUUUAACCUGUGCGAAGACUUAAAGCAGCAGGAUGGCGUAGCAUCUGAGGACCAGUGUCCGUCGGGAAUCAGGGCGUGUCUGACGAAAACUAAUCUGAAAGGACAAGAUGGAGGACGCAUAACUUCCGUUGUACCUCUGGCGAAUGCAGCUGCCAGUGCUGUCGAAACUUCAGCACUAUCAUCACCGAAGGGUCUACAGCUUACGAUUAAGGGACCAUCGUAUCCUACUUCAACCUCACCCGAACCCGUCCCGCAGUCCUUCACUCUAAAGCUUCUGUGUGCGACAGAAACAUCGGAUCCCCAGUUCUCUUCUUACGACGGCAAGAAUGUACUAGUAGAGUGGAGCGCACCUGCCGGCUGUGGAUUUUCGGGUUCACCAAACGAUAAGGAACCGUCAGGCGGUGACGAGAAGGGUGGCGAUGAGAAGGAAGAAGAGACGGUUGGGUCUGGAAUUGGAUAUUUCUUCCUUUUGCUACUCAUUGCAUUCGUUGCAUAUUUUGCACUCGGUGCAUACUACAAUUAUUCGACCUACGGCGCGACAGGUGCAGACCUAAUACCACACCGCGAUUUCUGGAGAGAGGUGCCCUACAUGCUUCGAGACGUUGUUUCCCAUCUUUGCUCUGCCGUCCGACCGCGACGUACAGCGAAUAGGGGAGGAUAUAUUGCCGUGUAGCCAUUUCUCAUUAUUUAUGGCGGAACCCACCAUCAGAUUUGCCUUUGCAUUGUUCGCUGUCAUAUGCUCGCUCUAAUUCUUCCUCUCCGUAUCCAUCUUUAUCUUUGGCUGGACUCAUACCUGUCUGUUUGAGGUAGUUAUAUCCCGAAGUAGAGGCACGAUUAUAGCCGAUAUGAAAAUUCUUCGAAUCCAAGGACAGGUACGUAUAUGUUGGAAAGCUUCUUUGACCACCGCGCUGCGCCUUGUCAUGCCUUUGAAUAACUUGAACUCUGCUUCGCGAGCCGUC